AUGAAAAUCUUAUCUCAAAUCCAAAUAUUUUUUCUCUCCAUUGCUCUUCUUCUCUUCAUCACAUCAUCAUCACCAACACAUUCAAAGCAAACCAACUUAGAUUACAUCAAAACAUCAUGCAACCUUACACUCUACAAAACCCUUUGCAACAUCUCUCUAUCUCCUUACGCCUCAACAAUCAAUUCCAACCCUCAAAAACUCGCCGUCACCGCUCUCAAUCUCACCCUCUCCUCCGCCAAAUCCGCAGUCAAAUUCAUCAAAAACAUUUCUCACAGAAGAGGUCUAACACGUUUGGAAGCUGGUGCGGUUGCUGACUGCGUGGAGGAGGUUGGAGACUCCGUGAGUGAGCUUCAAGAUUCAAUAAGAGAAUUGGAUUCGAUUAAAUACAAGGAUAGUUCGAAAUUUAAGAUGGUUAUGUCGGAUGUUGAGACAUGGGUUAGUGCUGCUCUCACUGAUGAUGACACGUGUAUGGAUGGUUUCGGCAGAGCCGGUCGAGCCAAAGCCGGCGUGAAAGAUUUGGUUCGGAGACAUGUUGUUAAGGUUGCUCGGAUGACCAGCAACGCACUUGCUCUCAUUAAUAUGUACGCGUCCACAAAAGAAAACUGA